AUGCACUUCCAACGCCUUCUCGGUAUUACAACUAUCUUGGGCCUGGUUCUCCAGGGCUCAGCAGCGCCAGGGCCCUCUGGGACUGGGACCUGUAGAUAUACUACCGUGGCUAUCCUCGGAGGUGGAAUGGCGGGCAUUACUGCUGCGCAAGCUUUGAACAACCAAUCCAUCACCGACUUUGUCAUCGUUGAAUACCAGAACAGAAUCGGCGGGCGGGUGAACCAUACGACAUUCGGACGAAAGGCAGACGGCACGUCCUACGUGGUUGAACUCGGAGCAUACUGGGUGCAAGGAGUCGGUGCAACAAAUGGCCCUGGUAAGAAUUCCAUUAAUGAGGUAGAGAAUGUCACUGACCCGUCAUCAGUAAACCCGAUAUUGGGAUUGGCCCAGAAAUAUAAUCUAACAACGGCGCUCUCCGAUUUCAGCUCGAUCCAAACCUACGAUGACACCGGAUCAGUUGAUUACACUUAUCUACUGGACGAAUACGAAACAGCGUCCGAUAAAAUGGCAGAAAUUGGGUCAACUAUCCUUAAAAAUAACCUACAGGACAUGAGUAUCCGCCAAGGCAUGGCAUUAGGAGGAUGGAGACCCAAGGUUGACGAUAUGGCGGCCCAAGCAAUUGACUGGCUUAGAGGCGAUGUGGAAAGUGCCUCCCCCGUCGGUGAGAGCUCCCUCGCCUUCAGUCUUGCGGCAGGUGGCUUUACCUUUGGCCAAUUCGGGCCCGAUAACUACCUGGUCACGGAUCCACGCGGAUACAGCACCAUCAUCGAGGGCGAGGCAGCCACCUUCCUAAAAAAAAUGACAGCCGCCUACUUCUCAAUACCAAACUACUCGGACACUGGCGUCACAGUCUAUAACCAUGAUGGCACCUGCAUUAAGGCGAAGUAUGCCAUUUGCACAUUCUCACUUGGCGUCCUACAGAACGCGGCGGUGGACUUCAACCCUGAGCUCCCUUUGUGGAAACGCACUGCGAUCCAAAAAUUCACUAUGGGGACCUACACCAAGAUCUUCAUGCAAUUCAACGAGACGUUUUGGCCGAAGAACAGUCAGAAUUUACUAUAUGCCUCCCCGGACCGGCGGGGAUACUUCGCAUCUUUCCAGUCGCUGUCUGCCCCCGGCUUCUUAGAAGGCUCGAACAUCCUGUUUGCAACAGUACUCGCCGAGGAGGCUUACCGCGUUGAGCGCCUUUCCGAUCAUGAGACCCAGGCUGAAAUCAUGGUCGUCCUACGACAGAUGUUUCCCGGGACCACUAUCCCUGAACCAACUGCUUUCCUAUAUCCUAGAUGGAACAAGGAGGAGUGGGCAUAUGGGAGUUACUCAAACUGGCCGCUGGGGACCACUCUAGAGAUGCACCAGAACCUGCGCGCCAACAACUCGCGAUUGUGGUUUGCGGGCGAAGCGACAAGCUCACAGUACUUUGGCUUUCUACAUGGGGCUUGGUUUGAGGGAAGGGAGGCCGGAGCGCAGAUUGCGGGGUUGAUAAAGGGUUAUUGUACAAAUGUGACAGGGGAGAAGGAGUGUGGAGGAAGAAAGCAUUAUGAAACCUUGGCAGGGACCACGCCCCCAAACGCGUAUACCGUAGUGAACGGAUGGCCUGGUGGUUUACUUUAUUAG